UGGUGCUCCGUGAAGCUCUCCCUCGCUCUUUAUUUCUGUGUACGUCCGUAGACUCUGACAUUCACCGGACAAGACUUCAGUGAACAGCUAAAAGCGGAGGCAGACGGCUGCGUCUGGCCCCACCAGCCAUGGAGGGGCUCUACUUUGAAGUGAAGCCCAGAAGAGAUGAACCCUCUAGCCCUCUAAGCUCUGAAAACCCCCCUCCUAACCUGACCUCAAACCACCGCUCAUAUCCAUCACUUUCACAUCGCAACUCUUCCACACUGUGUCCGCGCAAGCUCUCUUCUACAAGAAAAUGGAUUUCACCACAGGGGGAAAAGGUAGAGGAAGAAGGAGAGGAGGAAGAUGAGGAGAUACGAUACAAACUGAUUUUGAUCGGUUCUCUGCCGGUCCACCACCUGACCACCAUGGCCAUGCUGCCCUGGGUGGUGGCUGAGAUCAGCAAGUGUCGGCCUGCAGAGAGGAAUGUGGGUGCUGGGUUGCGGUCUGGACGACAGGUGGACCCUUCUACCCGUAAUCAGACAGUUUUCCUGUGUGUGUCAGCAUUGCGGGUGCGAUGUGUGUCUGUUCUGGGAGAGGGAGUUGUCUGGGACCCUCUGACUCACACAGUGCUGUUUGAAUGUCGUCCUCACCAAGUGACCAAGCUGAUUCACAACAGCCAGGAGCCCAGCAGCUUCGGCUGCCUGGUCCGAGACGCACCAAACUACUCCUGCUAUGUCUUCCAGUGCCAGGACAGCACCAAGGUUCCUGAGAUCAUCAGUACGCUGAGGCAGGCUGGCAAGAGCUCGGCCCGCAGCGAUGACAUCGCUCCCAUCUCCAACAAAUCUUCCUCUGGAGGCAGCGAUUCCUCUGAAACUAGCUUUUCUUCGGUCUCCACAACGACAACCUCCGUGGCAACCUGUGCUGCUUUGUCUCCGACAGCGUUCUCCAAGAAGUUUGAGGUGCUGUUUUGCGGCCGCGUUAGUGUUGCUCACAAGAAAGCCCCCCCCGCCCUGAUAGAUGAGUGCAUCGAGAAGUUCAGCCAGUUGCAAGGCUCAGGGAGGGAGGAUAAAGGAGGAAACAGUGGGGCAUUGGGUGGGCUGAGGAAGGCAUUAUCCUUUCAGUCCAAUGGACUUGGGUGUGGCGAUGUUGAUAAUGGCGCUGCAGGGAGCCCCACCGCAGGGAAGCGUCCUGUCCUGUUCAAAAGAGACCCCAGCUUCCCCUGCCUGCAGGCCCUGGAUGAGAACGGACUCUCACCUGAGAUCUCUCACACCAACACCACUGACACACACACACACUCUGCUGGAGUACAGUGUCUCAGCCUGCAGGAGAACAGGACCAUGCUGUUUACGGUGGGCAGGUCUCAGAUCUUCUUGGUUAGUCCGGACACCAAGAAAGUUGCCAUAGAGAAGAGUUUCAAAGAAAUCUCCUUCUGCUCACAGGGUAUUCGUCACGUGGAUCACUUUGGCUUCAUUUGCAGGGAGACAGUGGAAGGAGGGAGCUGCCACUUUGUGUGCUACAUCUUCCAGUGCACCGACGAAACACUGGUGGACGAGAUCAUGCUGACUUUGAAGCAGGCGUUCUCUGUGGCAGCCCUGCUGCAGAAUGCAAAGACCCAGAGUCAGCAGUGCGACAGCUGUCCCAUGCAGCAGCUCCACCGACUGUGUGAGAGGAUAGAAGGUCUUUCCCCGUCUAAAACCAAGCUGGAGCUUCAGAGACACCUCGCCACUCUGGACAAUGAGGAGCAAGCAUCAGUCUUCGAAAACACCAUGAGGGCUCGUCCUAAAAGUGAUCAGGAAGAGAACGAGUUGGUGAUGGCCUCUUUGAGGAAUCUUUAUGAGGAGAAGCAGAAGAGCCAUCAGCACCUCCUGCCUGGAGACAGACGGGUCAGUGAGGAGGCAGCCCCCGCCCCAGUGGAGGCGCAGCAGAGCAGCAGUCGGCAGAGACUUGAACAGUUCAAGAGCCGAGCCAAGCGCUCUCUCACCGAGUCUCUGGAGGGCAUCUGGAAGGGGAGCAGCAAGGCCAGAGCUCAGAGAGACAACAGUUUAGGAAGUGACAGCGGCUCCUCCAUUUGCACAGUGAACAGCAGUCAGGACGAGGCGUGUCUAGAUGACCCCUUACCUGCUUCCUCCCAGCUGAGACCCACCAGCCCACUCAAGUGCCACAACUCAACAGGAGACCUCAACCUCCUGGACUCCUCUCUCACCCUGUCGCCCUCCUCUUCCUCUCUACCCGGUGAAGCUCAGCCUCAGGGCUUCCGCCGACGGGCCAGCACCUUCAGCCACCCCCCCACCCCUUCAUCAGCAGAGUACUCACCAGUGUUCACACAAACUAACUCACCACAGAACCCCACCGCUGCUACCAAGCCCAAGCUCGUACGACACUACUCCGUCAGCACCGACACUCCACACCAGAGCAAACAUGUCCCAGCGGACUCCACCCUUCCUCCUGUUCCUCCCUGCCCUUCAUCUCACUCUCCUCUCCUUCCUCAUCAUCCUUCCUCACCUUCUGCUGGAGCUCGUCUCAAUACAAGACGUCCUCUGGGUGGUCUGCGUGCUCGUCUCCGCUCCUCCUCCUCUGUCCCUAAUUUUCUGAAAUUUCCAUUUCUGGCCCCUCUCCAAGAGAACGAUUUUCCUGAGCCAAAGAGCAGAGAUGUAGCAGCUCUGUCUAUACCUAAUGAAGCAUGUGGGAUGUGGGAAAGUCCUCAGCGAGGCCAUCGGCACUCCUGGAGGCAGCAGAUCUUCCUCCGGGUCGCGACACCUCAGAAAAACACCGAAUCAAACGAGCUGGGAGAAUCCUGCCUAGAGGGGGGUCGAGUGUGCAUGGGACAGGGAGAUGGAGGAAAUGGGGACUUGUCCAUGAGGCUGGUGCCUGAGGAGAGGACAAAAAAGAGCAAAGAGGACCUGAGGGAGCUCUGGAGGAAGGCCAUCCUGCAGCAGAUCCUGCUCCAGAGGAUGGAGAGGGAGAACCAGAAGCUGCAGGCCACAGAGAGCGAUCUGCAGAACAAGCGUCUGAAGCUGGACUAUGAGGAAAUCACUCCGUGCCUGAAGGACGUCACGCUGGUGUGGGAAAAGAUGCUAGGAACUCCUGGGAGGGCAAAGGUCAAAUUUGACUCAGACACCAUACAUGCUGCUGUUGCACAAGGUGUCCCCAGGCAACAUCGAGGCGAGAUUUGGAAGUUUCUGUCCGAACAAUACCUACUCAGGCAGACGGUCCCGUCCCGACCACCUGCCAAUCACACGCCAUACAAAGAUCUGCUGAAACAGCUCACCACACAGCAACACGCCAUCCUCAUAGACCUGGGUCGCACUUUUCCCACACAUCCUUAUUUCCAAGCCCAGCUGGGAGCAGGACAGCUGUCUCUGUAUAAUUUACUGAAAGCCUACUCGCUGCUGGACCCUGAGGUGGGUUACUGCCAGGGCCUGUCCUUCAUUGCGGGGGUGCUGCUGCUACACUUGGGGGAAGAGGACGCCUUCUACAUGCUUAAGUUUCUCAUGUAUGACGUGGGGCUCCGCAAACAAUACAGGCCUGACAUGAUAAUCCUACAGAUUCAGAUGUACCAGUUGUCGCGGCUGCUUCACGACUACCACCGGGAUCUCUACAGCCACUUGGAGCAGCAGGAGAUCGGACCCAGCCUGUACGCCACCCCCUGGUUCCUCACCGCCUUCGCCUCGCACUUCCCCCUUGGCUUUGUGGCCAGAGUCUUUGAUAUGUUGUUCCUGCAGGGGUCAGAGGUCAUCUUCAAGGUGGCCAUGAGCUUGCUGGGAAGCCACAAGCCUCUGAUCUUGCAACACGAGAGCCUGGAGUCCAUCGUGGACUUCAUCAAGACCACGCUGCCCAACCUGGGCCUGGUGCAGAUGGAGAAGACCAUCAACCAGGUUUGUCAGAUGGAUGUGUCCAAGCAGCUGCAGGCCUACGAGGUGGAGUACCAUGUCUUGCAAGAUGAGCUGCUUGACACGCCUCCAUCCCUCAACCAACACCAGAGAACAGCACAGCUGGAGAGGACCAAUCAGAGCCUCCGACAGCAGAACCUCGACCUGCGCGAGGAGCUGCAGGUGUCCCAGGCUCGUGUCUGCAGCAUGCAGGGUCGGGUGGAGGCUCUGUCCCAGUCAGAGGUCCUGCUGACGGAGCACGUCUCUGCACUGGAAGAAGAGAAGAAGCAGCUAGUGAGCACCGUCCAACUCCUCCAGGACAUCCUCACCAGCCUGGGCAUGCACUCCACCCCCGAUGGACAAACACUCCCCCCGCCCUCUGAAAGAGACACAGUCACGGCUACAGAAAAGGUGGAAGAGAGAGAGGGGGGCGUGAACAGGACUGUGGACUCCCCUCCCCACCCUUUGGUUCUUCCAGAGGGUUCAUAACUACAUCAGAAUAUGUUCCAAAUGAUAAUGUGGACUGGAGGAGGAGGAGCAGUUUGUGAAGGGCCCAGAAAGUGAAGGUUGGUGAGACGUUAAAAUGGCUCCCUACUUUGACCUUUAUCCUGUUCAAGGAUUCAAAAUGUUUUAAUAGAAAUAAAAUAUACAGAGGUCAUUUUACCUAAAUGGAGAGAAGAAUGGAACAAGAACAAAAAUGGGUAUGAGCUUAAAGAUAAAUAAAGGAUGGCGCCUGUAUUUUGAGUACUACCCCAAAAAGCACACUUCCAACUCUGUAACAAAUAUAAAUGAGCAUGUGAUUUAAACAACAAUCCCCAGAGUAAGCACUGUCCCGCUCGGUUUCUACUGUAAAAACAAAACAGUUACAUUUGCACCUGUACUCGAAUGUAUGUUAUUAUAUUUGAAUGUCUGUGAGUUUCUGCACUUGUGUCUUUAAUUCUCCUGUGUGGGAUGCAACAAGGCUAACAUGGCCAAAGAAUGUCAUUAUUAAUAUAAAACAAGCUCGAACAAAGAUCCUAUAACAUGUUGUUGAUCACACAAAGACGAAAUGUUUCCAAAGAAAUAUAAGAGAAAUGUGACAAGAAAGUGAGAUGAAGGGACGGGUGAAGAAAUAAACUUCAUGACAAAGUGUUUUCUGUUAUAUAAGUUGAAGAUUAAAUAAGCUAAAUGGUGUUAGCUCUUGGAUAGUGGUGAUCAUAUUCAGAGGUCAACUAAUUUGACAUUUCUGCUUCGUAUUUUUGUUCUUCCACCGGUUAUGUUUCCAUUUUAAACUUUAAGUACAGUGGUGCAAAGGAAUAGUAACAAAAUAAAUCCAAUCCAUUUCACAUCCUGUUUUUUUUACCUUUGCAUAAAUGUUGAUUUGUCUGUAUAGAAAGGGAAAUGUAUACAGUUUCAGCCGAAAACUCUAAACGGUAGAUGUGCCUUUUUAGUGAGGGGAAGUACAGAUCAAUGAUUAACUUCAAAACGCACUUUUGUCUAAAACUUCAAACAGGAAAUCUCUGCUGUUGAGACAGUCUGUCAGCCAUGAGUCAUUUACUGUAUUCAACACACUGAAAUCCCUCAACCUGAGUAUGUGAGUGUCUACAUGUGUGUUCCUGUGUGCUUGUGCACGUCACUGAUGGCAACAAAUCUGUUCAUUUACACUGUAAAGUUAUUUUGCUUUCACUCUUGA